AUGCUGCCACCCAGCAUCCAGAUUCACGAGGGACCUGGCCAAGUUGUUGUCAAGCUCGCUGACGGGAAACCACGCCGCGUAUCGCGGCGCGAAGUGUCGUUGCCGUACACGUUUGACGGCUUUCGCAGUAACGACAAUUUCUUGGUGAUUGAAAUGAAUUAUUCAUUCGAUUGCAUCCUGGGCAUGCCAUGUGAUUGGCCGAACGUUACAGUUGUGGAUCGUACAUCCACGACACCGGCGGUACACAGAGUAAGCGAUGGCCCUCUCUGUACCGCUUGUUCCGUGCCCCUACGCACGAGUUAUGAUGUCUCCUCUCUUUGCAGCGAGGAGUCCGACGUGGACGAGCAGUGGCUCCCGCGUAAUGACGACGCGGACGAGCAGUGGCUCCCGCGCGGCGACGACGCGGUCGAACAGCGGUUCCCGCACGAGAGAGCAGUGGUCGAACACGAACAAGUGUUCCCACCUGCACCCAUUGUGGUCGAGCAGAGGCUCCCACAAGGGCAAGAUGUGGCCGAGCAGGGGCUCGGCACCGAGUGUGACGUGGAUGGACAAGAGUCCCCACGUGCGAACAUGAUGGUCGAACAGGGGUUCCCAUCGUCACCUACUGUGGUCGAACAGAGUUUCCCACAUGAGCAAGACGUGGUCGAGCAGGGGCUCCCACACGAGUUUGUGGCGGUAGAGCAGGGGCUCCCGCUUUAUGCGUCGACGGACGAGUAUGGACUACUCCCGUCACGCGAUUUCGAUGUCCUGGAUGAGGACAUCCAGCGUCUAGAGGGGGGUGCAGAUUUAACACCUGACUGCGGAUCACCAGCUUCGAGCAUGGACUCGAAGCACGAUGGGGACGCAAGCUACGAGAACUCAGCGUUGGAAUGUGUCCACGCUAUUGUGUACAUGGACGGGAGUCCACAAAGGCGCCAAUACAUUGAGGUCGCGAGUCCACCUCGCGACGCGUCGUCGAUUACGAGCCUUCCAGGACUCUCCUGGAAGCAUUUUCUACGUGACCUCAAGGGAGGCACGGUGGAACAAGUAUGUCUGGUCACCAACGAGGUGACCUAUGAGCCGAAUGAGGAGCGAAUGACGCGCCCUCGAAGCGCUGAGCAAAAGUCAGCGCGCGAAGAAAGAUUUGCGUCGAAAUCUUGGGAGGCUCUGCGCGAGUCUGGUAACCCUGUUUACGACAUUGCACGAGAGUACGCCGACGUGUUACCGGACAAGAUUCCGGCCGAACUCCCUGCCGAUCGUGGCGUGCGGCACGAGAUUGAUCUCGUGCCAGGAUCAAAAUAUUGUGUGACACGCAAGUGGCCGUUGCCUCGAGACCAAGUCGAUGCUAUUGAUGCAUUCUUCGAAGGUCGUCGCAAGGCCGGUCAUGUGCGUGAGAGUGUCUCACCCCAUUCGAGCCCAACCUUCUGCGUGAAGAAGGCUACGGGAGGAUGGCGUAUAGUGCAUGCGUUUAACAAGCUCAACGAUGCCACUAUUCCUGCCCAAACGCCUAUCCCCAGGAAAGACAUGGUUCUCAACUCCAUGUCAGGUAGCGUCAUCUUCAGCGCCAUCGAUCUGACCGAUGGCUUCUACCAGAUCUUGAUGCAACAGAGUGACAUACCACUCACUGCGGUGUCCACCCCGAGUGGUAUGCUAUGGGAGUGGCUGGUGAUGCCACAAGGAUUGAAGAACGCACCAGCCACUUUCAAUCGCAUGGUAUCUCAAGUGUUGAGACCGCUUCGAGACUUUGCUCCUAGCUACUUCGAUGACAUUUUUGUCCACAGUCGCGCUGAGGGCAACCUCAGUGCUGUCCAAGUUCACCUUCAACACCUGAAGCAGGUGUUUCGAGUCAUGCGAGAUAACAAGUUAUAUGCAAACUUGAAGAAGUGUGCAUUCUGUGCACCAAAGAUUCCGGUGCUGGGCUGCUACGGGAGUAUAUCGGGUGUUCGAGCCGAUCCAGAGAAGGUGUCGUCAAUCUGUUCUUGGCCCACACCCAAGAACCCUACGGAGUUACGUCAAUGGCUCGGUCUAACUAAUUACUUGCAUAAGUACACAAAAGAUUACGCCGGUUCUAUACAGCCCCUGUCGUCACUUCUGAAGAAAGACACCACGUGGUCGUGGCGUCCCGAACAUCAAGCAGCCUUUGACGCAGUGAAGAAGAGCCUGGCGUCGGCGCCAGUGUUGAUACUCCCUGACGACACCAAGCCGUUUCACGUGGUGUGUGAUGCAAGUGACUUUGCAAUUGGUUGCGCCCUCAUGCAGUUCGAUCAUGAGGGCCGUGAACGAGUCGUGAGCUACCAGUCACGACAGAUGAAGCCGGUAGAGAAGAACUAUCCGGUUCACGAUAAGGAACUGCUAGCGAUGCACUAUGCACUCAUCAAGUUUCGUGUCCACCUACUGGGCGAACGCACGUUCGCCCUGUAUACUGAUCAUGCAUCGCUACGAACAGCAAUGAAGAGUCCACACCUGUCACAGCGGAUGGCACGGUGGCUCUCUUUCUUCUCCGAGUACAACUUCGUCGUGCACUACAAGCCAGGCAAGACCAACAUUCUUGCUGACGCACUGUCACGACGCCCAGAUUACGAUCCUCGUAUGGCACUGAGUCGUCAGGCAACUGACGACGAAGAUGAAGACGAUCGAUGUGCGACGUGUGUGUCGUUGAAUCUAACUCGGGUCACAUCCGAGUUAUGCCUUUUCGAUGAAAUUGUCGCGGCUUACGCGAACGACCCGGAUUACGCGGACAUUAUCGCCUAUCUGCGCGCUCCCAGUGAGGCUGCACUGGGAGCUCUUUCGCGAACGAAGCGUGAUCACAUUCAACGAUACAGUAUGGACGGUGAUUUGCUGUUAUAUAGCAUCGACAAAUUCGAUGCACCUCGAACGGUGAUUGCGAAUGACUUGGAUUUGCGUGCUCGUAUCUUCCACGAGUACCAUGAUGCCCCAAUUGGCGGUCAUCUGGGCCGCAAAAAGACAUUCGCGGCUGUCUCGCGUGACUUCUUCUGGCCCCACAUGUACAAAUGGGUUCGCAACUGGGUUCGCACCUGCGAAAUAUGUCAGCGCUUGAAGCCAUCUCCAUCGUCGCAGGCACCCCUGCGACCCCUGCCAAUUGCAGCUGAGGCUUGGAGGUCAGUCUCAAUGGAUUUUAUCUUCGGGCUUGCACCAGAUGGCCAAGACCGAACGGGUAUUCUGGUCUUUGUCGACAGAUUCAGCAAGAUGACACAUCUGGUGCCUGUUCAUGCAACGAUCACCGCGGCUGAGACCGCGGUGCACUUCAUUGACACUGUGUUUCGCCAUCACGGUCUACCAGACAACAUUGUCUCGGACCGUGAUCCUCGUUUCACAUCUGCUUUUUGGACGUCAUUGUUCGAGUUGCUUGGCACAAAGCUGCAAAUGUCGACAGCAGCCCAUCCGGAAACGGAUGGGCAAACAGAGCGAGUUAAUCGGGUCCUCGAAGAUGUCUUCGAAGUUACGCAACGUCCUUUACAAGUUGGAUUAGCUCCAUUUUUUGCGUCAUCUUCGUGUACCUACUCUUCUUGCCGUGGGUCAGCCCACGGCUCUUCGUGGCUCCACUCUGGCGGGGGGGGUGAUAACGAUAAACAACGAUCGAGUGAAGCUCACGGUAUUCUGAGCGCGAAUGUUGUCAACCAUUCCAAGGCGAAGUCUUCUGUUUCGACGCCACGUGACGUGGCGUCCCCGCUCGCUCAAUGGACUGCACAGAUGCUAAUCGAUCCUUCUUCGAGUAAGCAAAACCCUAAAGCUAACUACGCGCCGAUUGAAUUGGCGCGACCAAUUGAUGACAUGGCUGUGUCAGAGUUUAUACUCCAACGUCAAGCCAUCACGAGGUUUGUACGCGAUACUCUUCGAUCUGCAGCGGAUAAACAGAAAGCGAAUGCAGACAAACGUGGAAGAAAGAAUACGAGCACAUUCAAGAAGGGUGAUCGUGUAUUGUUAACUACCGAAGGCCUACGAGAUUCAGCAGCAACCAAUCUAGGCGCGAGCAAACUCGCGCCACGUUUCAUCGGACCAUUCACGGUACUCAAGGCGAUCGGCGACGCAUACACGCUGGCCAUCCCUUCGUCACUGCGACUUCACCCGACGUUUUACGUCGGGCGGCUCAAGGAGUACCGUCCAGCUACGCUUCACGGGUUGGCUCCGUCCUCGGAGUCAAAGGGUCAUAGUCUGCGCGUGCUCAAGAACCUGGCGUUCCAGGUUCCGCAUCCGUUCAAGCAGCUCGCGCUCGGUCAAGGGCAGCUUCAGCCUCCAGCUGGGCAUCAACAGCCUUGUUCACAGCCGCAUCUACAUCGUCCUGGGCAACCAGGACGCCAGCAGUACCAUCGUAAGGGUCCACCACCGCUUGUGGACGCGGAAGGCCAGAAGCGCUGGAUCGUGGAGCGUUUACUGGGUCACGAGGACCCUCGUCGCGAAACGACAUCGUCGCGACACCAUGAGCGCGCGGUUCCAACCGCGCGCAAGUAUCGUGUACGUUGGCUCGGGUUUCCACCCGAGCAGGAUACAUGGGAACCACGCUCUUCGCUUCUUCGAGACGUUCCGGACGUCGUUCGGGCUUACGAGUCCCUGCACACGCUUGGUGCAGACUUGGUCGACGACCUGUGUGUUCUCGCGGUGAGCGAGAACGAGAUGCACGACGACGGUGUCGUGGUGAAGUGUCACCACGACUACGAGACCGAGAGCGAUUGCGAGAACGUCGUGGUGACGUUUCACCACGACGACGAGAUGAAGAGCGACGACGAGAAUGUCGCGACGAGCGUGUAUCGCGACGAUCACGCGAACGAGAACGUCGUGGCGAGUGCAUGGCACCACGACCUCGAGAACGCGAGUGAUGUCGCCAGCGUGACGCGCCACGAUUAA